UUUUUUUUUCUUUUUUAAUAACUCACCUUGAUAAUAUCAUGAUUCUUUAGAGAUUCACCAAGAUUCGAACAACUUAUGGACAAUUAUUGGAACACUUACAGCGAAUUCUAUUCUUGACUAGUAUUUGCGAUCGUUUGAUGGAUCAACUAGUGGACAAGAUUCGGGACGUGGAAACAAUAUCACAAGGUUAUACUUUGGCACCAGCAAACUCAACACUUGAACAACCACGUUCACAUCAGUCACAACAAACCAUUGGAAUGCAAUCUGUGGCGCGAUCUGUUCUUGUCCCUUACUUCAAAUCAAUCACUGGUCUUCUUCAACAAUCAAUACCUCUUACUCAUCCCGUCAAUUUAUCUACUCUUCGCGGAAUGUACAACAUUAAAGCACUUUCCUCUUCGUCCUCUCCUCUUGACAUGGAUGGCAUUAUUGACGAUCUUCAAGAUAUUGAAUCUACUUGCUCAGGGCAGCUAGAUUAUUUAGUUUAUAUGAUUCGAUCCCGUCGUCGAGAAUGGUUUAUGCACUUGCUUGCCUUGGAAAUGAUGACUUUGGGGCAUGAUUCGGCACGUCAGGAUUAUGAAACGCUAUUGGAAACUGUGGAACGUAUGAUGUUGGAAAUGGAACAACAAACUAGUCUGACGACCAAAAACACGAAAAAGGCAUUAUUAUCAGAUUUAUUCCUUGAUUAUAUAGAUGGUGAAUUGACGACAUCGCCAACAACAGUAGAUGAAAAAAGUCCCGAUCAACGACCACGAAUUAUAUUGAACAAACUGGAUCUUCUUGAAAAACAUCUACGCAAUCUUCAAACAAAGAUAGUAUUAUGUCGGCAUGAUGCAAAAGGAUUGUCCUAUGAUAGAGGAACUGGAUUUCCAUUUGAAAGGAUUGGCGAACGUUUUGGAAGCAUGGACCAAGAUAUAUCUUACCUGCUGGCUCAGUGGGACGAGAGCAAAAAUGGUCUAUUUGACAUUAUUAGCAAGAAUGAAAGGAAGUCAACUAUAUCACGUGCAUCAUUACCAUCGCCACCUUCUUCUCCAGCAGCAACAACCAGCAAAAAGAAAAAUUCCCUACGAUCUCUUGGUAAGGUAGCUACAGCAUCAACAUCACCUCCAAACCCAACAGCUUCAUCGUCAUCUUCAUCAAUAUCUUCAGUAUUAUCAGCAUCAUCAGCAUCAAAUUCACUAGCAUCAUCAGUUUCAUCAGUCUUGUCAUCACCAUUACCAACAUCACUUCCGAAUCAAAGAUUAUCAUCAACCCAAAAUGAAUCUCCAUUAAUAGCAUCAACAUCAUCAGCAUCAUCAUCAUCAUCAUCACCAGCAUCAAAUACAGUAUCUACUCAAACACCAACAACUAAUGUAGAAGAACCUUGGUUAUCACCUGUACCAAAGCAAAAUUCGCUAUCUGUACCAACCAAUACCACCCUAUCAAGUCGUCAGUCUUGGAUUACUGCUGCUGCCAUUGCCUCCUUCCUGGAAAGUCGACGAGUGUACCGGCUACAGACUCAACAACGCCAACAAUUGAAACCAGAGGAAUACUUUGCUAGAACACAAUCUGACGCCACAUCACAACCCCCUUUAUCAGACGGAGAAUGGUCACCUACUAACCUAUCAUCACCUUCAUCCUCUUUACAAAAAGAACAGCCUUAGACUUUUUAGUUAUAUAUUUGUUUGUACAAUAAAAAUUAUUAGUUUUUGAUCCGAAAAGAAAAAA